UUGAUCCUCAAUGUUUGCAAAACUCAAGCAGAAGAUCGCCGAGGAGGAACAAAACUCUGAUUCCAGUCGUCCUUUACCUUCCAGCCCGAGCGUUCGGCGACCUAAAGUCAAUGGCUGGACUGAGAAUAAGUGGGAGAGACGAAGGCUUAGCAAUGCAAGUAACUUGUACGAAUCUAGGGAAUCUAUUUACAGUGAAAGCAGUGUCGCUUCAUCUGGGUAUAAUGUAUCAAGACAUGCUUCAUUCACGAGCAGAUCAAAUUCAACUCCAGCAGGAACGCCGAUUGAGUCUUCUUCGAAUUUUACGGUUAGUAUUAGGGAACGUGUUCUCCCCAUCUUGCUUUCUCUCAUGACUUUUUAAUAUCCUACAUUGUUUCGUUGUGACCUUGACUACACCGUGUCCAACGUUUUAGCUAGAACUUAAAGGAAGUAAACUUAAAAUAAUCCAAAAGAUGAAUGAAACUAUUAGCUGAAGCUUCAAGGCUCUCAACUGCAAGUAAACAAAUGCUCUUUUGUGGAUCGAAUCAUUGAUCAAACCAAAGCGCUUCGUUAUGGACUUGAAUUAAAUUAUUCUUCCACGUUGCCGGCUCAUUAUACCAGUACCCAUAUCUCCCAGAAUAAAAUUAGUUUGGUAAAAGCGAUGAAGUGAUUAGAAUAACCUUACUCUAACUAAAAAGGUAUUAAAAGACGAGAUAUUCUACUCUGGAUCUGAUCUAAGUAAACUGCAUUUCAUUAAUAAUAAAUGAAAGGUUGGUAAAUUGGUUGUCUUUGUUAGAGUUUGGCCGUAAAUUACGAGAGUUGAUUUUAUCUGUGAAUUGAAUUCAACUAAUGGAUCUUUAUCCAUUAUCAGUCGCUAUCACGAAAUAAUUUAUGCUGUUUAGCACUUUUGUAAUGAAACAAUAUUUGGUAAUAAAUUUGUUUAGUCAUGAGUUUUGCCUGACUGAGUUGUCAAAUAGUAAUUGAAUUAUAUGUGUCUACAAUAAGCAUCCCUCUGUUUGUUGUUUAUGGAUGGUGUUGUUAAAACAGCCUCAGCCAGUCACUUUAGAAGUGUAGUUCUUUUUGGCUCUAGAGUUAUGAUACAAAUACAGUCCAAAUCAUCAUGCCUUCAAAUCAGUGCUGGCUAUUUGCAUACAUUUGUGAGGCUUGCAUUGUAAAGCACUGAGGUCUUCAAUCCCCCUAGUGCAGGCACGGAUCCACACCGGUUUCUACUAGUUUAUGGAAAUCGGUCAGAUUUUUCAUAACAGAUUUAUAAAAGAAAAAACUUUCCAAGUUGCAAGGCUUCAUCCCAGGAGAAGGAACUGGCCAAUAUCCUGUCUGAAUGCAUGGCUGAGAAACCCAGGAAAGGGGACUUGGGGUGUUAAAAUAAAAAAAUUCUCAUGGGGAGCAUGCCGCCAGACCCCCCUAGGGACUUGCAUCUUUGGCGCUCGUUUAGGAAAUCAGUCAGUAUUUGUCCUAGAUCCAUGCCUAUAGUACAUGUGUAGGCAUGAUUUCCAGCUCUCCUCAGGUGAUUGGUUCGGCCUUAAUUGUUCCAGCUUUGGUCGCUGCCCUACCCCUGUCGUGAUUUUUUUCAAAAAAGCUCCAUAUGUUAUUGAAUAGAAGAUGGGCCAGGGCUGUCACUAAGAAUUCAAGUUGCUGGGUAAAUACAACAAGUAGGAAGGGAAUCAAACAGCCAGGGUUUUCUUUUGGUUCAAUUUUUCUUGUAUUUUCCUAUGAAAGUAGCUGGGGCCCACGUUCGUAGUAGCCAGGGGAAAUCCUAGGCCCUCAGCUCUUAAUGACAGCCCUGAGGUGGGCACCCAAGUUUUUCAUAUCAUGAGAGAAGGUAGGCAUAACACCUGACCACUUUGUCCUCAAUCAAGGCAGAAUAACUUGGUAAAGUUCAUCACUACCAUUUAACCAUCUUGAAAUUUUCACAUUAUUCUCUACAAACCUGUCAAAGAACAAAACCACUCUCCAAAUAGCAGCUGGACUGAUGGUUAGGUAAACCCAAGUAUCAACUAUCAGGACUGUAUAAUAUUGUUAUGAUUUCCUUUGUUUUCCUUCUCAUUGCACAUCCAGGUUAAUAGCAGAUCAUCAAANAUAGAAGAUGGGCCAGGGCUGUCACUAAGAAUUCAAGUUGCUGGGUAAAUACAACAAGUAGGAAGGGAAUCAAACAGCCAGGGUUUUCUUUUGGUUCAAUUUUUCUUGUAUUUUCCUAUGAAAGUAGCUGGGGCCCACGUUCGUAGUAGCCAGGGGAAAUCCUAGGCCCUCAGCUCUUAAUGACAGCCCUGAGGUGGGCACCCAAGUUUUUCAUAUCAUGAGAGAAGGUAGGCAUAACACCUGACCACUUUGUCCUCAAUCAAGGCAGAAUAACUUGGUAAAGUUCAUCACUACCAUUUAACCAUCUUGAAAUUUUCACAUUAUUCUCUACAAACCUGUCAAAGAACAAAACCACUCUCCAAAUAGCAGCUGGACUGAUGGUUAGGUAAACCCAAGUAUCAACUAUCAGGACUGUAUAAUAUUGUUAUGAUUUCCUUUGUUUUCCUUCUCAUUGCACAUCCAGGUUAAUAGCAGAUCAUCAAAGGAAGAAAUUCUUGAUCUGCUGGCAAAGAGAGGGGAGCAAGUUUACAAGCUGGAGGCAAAGAUUGCAGGUACAUGAUAUGUAUAUGAUGCAAUAGAAUGGAAUGUUAUAUGUAUUCACUGUCUAGUUGAUUCAAUAUGUUGAUGUUCGUGUAUCUGUUUAAAGUUAUUGUUAUGAUUCAACCCUAUUGUUGUAAUGUUUUUACUUUUCCUUCCCGCCUCGAUUAGCUAUAGACUUCUUUGUGGGCAAGGAUUAAUUAUGGCUUGUAUCAAAAGUGUUUAAAAUAAACUUGAACUUGAACUUGAACUUGAACUUGUUACACCUUAAAUGAGAUUUACUUGAAAAACGUUUAUAUUGAAGGCAACAUGCUAGAUGAAAUGGACGAAUCUCAUUUACCUAGCCCUACAAUCAUCUCUUCAAAGUAGGACAUCUCUUUUACAGCUGUGCUCCAAGCAAAAUGUUUGGUGCUCAGUGCUUUGAACCUGUGAUAUCCAGCAUACAAUUUUUAUGUAAAAAUGAAGAAUGAUUUGCUAGUUAACCAAGAAAAAAAGAUGCUAGGGACCUCUCCUAACAACAGCCCUGUCUUUAUAGGCUGAAAGAGGUUUAUUUAUAAUGCAUUUUUUAUGUUAUCACCAACACCUCUAGCUCAUUACACAUUUUUUUGUAAGCUGUUUUCAUAUUUGAUACCCCAGUUAAUUGAAGUCAAACCGCCAUGUGGGAUUGUUUGUUUCUUGUCAAUAGCCAUGCACCUGGUGAUCCCUCUAUUUUAAAUUUCCCAUCAAAGCAGUAGUAAAUUAUUGCAACCUCUUGUAAGCAAGCUUAGAUAGAACCUCAAUAAGCAAUCACCAGAUCUCGGCAGUUCAGGUUGUGGUUUAUGUACUCUUUGAAGGUUUGACUAAUGUCAUUUUGCUGGUCAAAACUUCAGACAUGGCAAGUCUUCUUAGAGAGCAAACAAGAAUUAAAGAAUCACUAGAGGGUGCUCUUGAGAGGCAAAGGGAAGGUAUGCAUACUAUCUAUCAAGAAAUUGCGAAUCUUGGAAAUAAUAAUUUAGGAGAGGAAGGGCUGUUCAGACAGUGUGAUUUUUUGAGGAUAUAAUUAAGUCGCAAAGUUAGCAACCAUUAGAUUGCAUGUACACACUUACUAUGAUUAACAUAACCAAAAGGUUUGUAAUAAUUAAAAAUGAUUAUACAUGUUGGUGAUAAGUGGAGCUCUUGUGUGGGCAAAGCGUGUGCAGCAGAGCACCAUCUAUGCAGCCAAAAAAGUUUGUUGCGACAAAAUCCUGUGUAGGUCUCACCAUACAUCCACCCGUUCAUGUCAGUGGAUGUGAAAUGUCACACUUACUUGCUUGGAGUACAAAGCAUAAAAAAUCUGUGUUUAACUUGAUAAUUUGGACAUCCAUGUUAUGUUCAAUUGACAGCAGUCAAAAUAGAAUAUUUUUUGACUAGUGUCACAUGACUAUAUCACUGGCUCAGGUAUUCAACUAACUAAGGCAUUAUGUUAUUUUUAAGUUAUCUGCUGACCAGUUAUUGGUUAAUUUUUAAUCAAUCACAGGCUCAGGUCCAUUUUUUUAGGAGGAGUUCAGUUUGCUUCUUGUUUACGGCAAAAUUUGAAUUACUUCAGAAAUGCAUUUUUCAAAAGAUCCCACGAGAAUUUUGCUUUUGGCCUAAUUGUUAAAUCUAUAUAUUUAAUCAUGUUUCCUUAAUUAACCAUAUAUGGUAUUGUUUCAGAGCAAAGUACAAGAAUUAGAAGCCUCCAAGCUGAUUUUGAAAAGACUCUAAAUGAAAAGAAUCAGGUAUUUUUUAAAAGUGUUGACAUUUUGAUAUCUGCACAUGUUGUGGUUUCUAGCAAACUCCUAUAAUGGUUGAAUUAUAAAAUGUUUGAAUUUUUCAAAGGGACUCCAUUAUUCCUCUAUCGACCAGUUUGUCAAAUUAUUAUGUAAGAACGAGACCUUGGUCUUUAUAGUUUCUGCAUAUUUUAAGCCAAAUAUAAUUAAUGGCACUAAUGACCAAAAUGAAGCUCUUAGAAAGACAAUUUCCACUGAAAUAAAUUUAAAACAAUAAGUUAGAAUAACCUUUUCAUUUUGUGAAAUAAUUUGUAGGAACUUGAAACUAAACUCAAGGCCCUAACAUUGGUAAGAUUUUAGUGCAUUGUGGCUGAUUGUUAGAAUUGUUAUAAAUAUUAUCCAUAAAAUAUUAUAUUGUAUUUUACCCAUAAACUUUAAAAAUAAGGGUGUAAUUGAGUUUUAGAGCAAGUGCUGAACAAUCAUACAUGAGGCUGAGCAUGAUAUUUUUGAAAUGUAUAAAUAAAGUGUAAUUUAUUACAUCUUAUAUGAAAAAAACACAUAAACAAAAACAACAAUGAAAACAACAAAUAUAAAAGUUUAAGACUUUUUAUGGUGUUUAAUCCGUUCACACCUGAACUGCCCAUGUCCCUUGUACUGUUUGUGACAUCAUGACAGGGACAGUGCAGUGUGUCAUUUUUUUUGCCUGCUGCACAUAGCUUUAAGAUUGGAAUUGGGAAAGCUAAUAUUUUCCUUCAGCAUAGUGCUUGACUUGUACUGGGCAUUUUGUGCAGUUUUGGUCUGAUUUGGCCAGACGGUAUCCGCAAAAUGGCUAAACUUACUAGGCUCAAGGCGUUUUUCGGCAAAAUUUCCAGCAGCAUUUUGAAUUAAGUAUGUUUAGUGAAAUUCUACUGUUAGUAUUUGUUGUUACACUAAAACUAUUGUUUUGAUUAAAUCUGAAAAUAAGACUUAAACUUGACGAUCACAAUUUCUUUUUUAGUAAAUAAUUUUGAAGCAUCUAAACAUGAUAAAUCCUAGUAAUAUUAAUUCUAAUGGUAAUACUACUAAAUCCUUUCGUGUGCGAUACGUCUGUACUUACUCAAUUUGCUUGAGGUCGUUGUUCUUGAGUGUUCCUACUUUAGGAACCAUCCAACAAAACUCGUACCCCUGUUUGUUUCUUUAAAAUGCACUUAACCCUUUCAAGUUUUGCUAAUUAGGCAAAGAUAUAAUAAACACUUAUAAUGUACUUAAGGGGCUGUGGAGAUGGGACUUUUGUAGCAUCACGUGGUACCAAAUACAGUAGCUGGAGAACGAUUUUUUUGUUGUCUACUUUGUAAACGAGGAGGCUGGCGCCGAAGUGUGUCUCGUUGCUGGGGUUGCGCCGGUCAGCUAUCGACCAAUUUUUUCCUUUCUUCCUGAUAAAAGUCCCAGAAUUCUUUGUGAUAGUUAACUCACCCCAGUUUUCUUUUCGUUUCUACAGCGGCAAAUGCGUUGUUUACUCACUAGCGUAGCUACUUCAUACUAUGCAACGUUUUGUUGCAAAAAGCCCAUAUCUGUUCAACCUUAAUAGGAGUUUGCUAGUAAGCCCGCCGUCUUGCACUCGUUUUUAAUGUAAAAGUGUUACUUAUCAAUGGCCUGUGGCUGAUAGAUCUUGAGUAACAACGUGGAGAAUUAAACAUGAAACAGGAAGAAAUCAUUCCCAUGCUAAGCACAGAAACUUUUCUUUUCCACUUUUUUAUGCAUGCCAAUUAAACUAAAAGUACCGUAUUUAUUCGAAGAAUUUUGAGUUGGAUGGUGAUCACAAAACAAAUCGUCACUAACAAAAGUUAAAAAGGUUCAAAUUUGACUUUCUUUUUCAAUAAAUAAUGUCGAAAAAAAAUAAUGAUUUGAACCCAUUUUGCAGAGAAGCAUUUUUAACAAUUAACAAUGGAUGAAAAUCAAUACUGUUAACCCUAAGUGUAUUUUCUAACGUUUGUACAGAUGAUGUUUAGAUUUUUGCUGCCGUCCAUCAAAAAAGAAAAAACUUACAAUCACCAUUUAAAUGCAGCUGAUAAAAAAACUUAACAAGCAAUAGGUCGGGCGCUGUUUCCGAGUUAAAAAGCAUAAUCAUUAUGCGGCUUAAACGUCAUUUAAAUCGUGUCGUUGAACAAUCAUGGCUUAAAGAAUUCAAAGUAUAUAUAUAAAAAAGUUAAUGUGUACGUGAUUUAACCCUUUAAAACAGUUCAUCCAGUACCAAACCGAUGCUACUCGUAAAGCUGCAGAAAUUAUUGAGAAAAGCAAGGUAGGGACUGAAAUAAAUCAGAUUAUAUAAAGCCAUAAACCGUAAAUUCACUUAACUGGCCUAGUAGAAUGCGGUAUUGAUAUAGAGCUUUUAACUCACGAAGCCUUACAUAAGAACUUCAAGAGGUUUAACUCCCACUUCAACAUCUUUUGUGCUGUUGAACCCUCUACAGUAAGACACUUGAAUUUUCCCCUGUCAAAAGGGAAAACCUUAUCCGUAAGAAUAGUGUUAGUACGGAAUAAUUUUGGUAGGGUAUACUUUAUCACAAACGGGCACUUGUGCGUUGCUUUUCUUUUCUUUUCUGUUUUUCCUGUCUUUUUCUGUUAAAUCGUGGCCGAAAUAUUCACUCUUUUAGCCCUUGUGUACGGUUACUGUUGGUAUUAAUUGUUUUUAUGUUUUCUGUGGUAGCAAAUCGAAAACUUGGACAAAUCCUAUCUUGAGCAAAAAGAAGAAUUGGCGUCCCUUCAAGAACGUUUAGAUGAUUUGGCUCGCGAAAGGUAUUGAUUUGUACCCCUCUAAUCCAGGCCAGCGUUUGAAGGGAAAAAAGAAAGGGUUCUGCCCCUUACCCUACCAUGCCGUUCCCUUCGCGUUCAAGCACGCCCCUCGCGUUCAUGCGCGCCCUUGACGUUCUCGCGUGCCCAUCGUAAUCACGCGCGCCUCUCAAACUUUCUACUCCAUUCUCACUCUCCCGCGCCCUUUGCAUUCACGCGCGGGCUAGGUUUUUCCUUCUUUCCUUUCGAGCGCCAGGCGAUGUUCAAAGGCCGUGUGCUCUGGAAGAAGUCAUCAUUUUUAAACCACGCAUAAAGCAAAACCUAGAAGCCCCUCCCCAUCACGUUCUCCCCCCUGCCACCCAAAAAGACAAUCAAGUAUCAGAAAUGAUUUUUCAAUGCUGAUCUCAUUUUCCAACCCUGCGUUUCUUUCAUUUUUCGUUUGUUAAGAUGUAUGGAUUACUAUGCGAUUUCUCUCAUUUUCCUGAGAUGUGCUGGACAUAAGCAACAAAAAUAACACUGUAACAUGAAUCAAAAUACCAUUUUAAUUGUUUUGCUCUCAUUAUGUCUUAGCCUGCGAACCGCAGAGGUAUGUCCGGUCGUCGCUUCCCUGCCUCCGGUCUUUCUCCGCGGGUGAAACUAAAGCCGAAAAAAACGGAUGCUCUCGCAGGCUAAUUAUGUGUAUGUUUAUUUGGUUGUAUUUUUAUCAGAACGAAGUAUGAAGUACGUGACAAGCAGCAACAGAGUCGAAUAACAACAUUAGAAAAAGAAAAGAAAUCAUUGCAAGACGAGCUAACUAGCACUGUCAACGAACUGACCAAGGUGCGAGGGAAUUUUUUCAUUCUACCUUGUUAACCAUAGUCGACAGUAUAUCAUCAUGCAGUAAUUAAUAACAACUUAAGCUCUUACUGAGUCGCACUUGAUAACGCUAUUCCUUGUCUGGCAGGUUUCGGUUAUAAUACAAUAAUUUUAUGAGGAUCUUACGAGAAAUAAAUUAAAAUUUAGAUAUUACUGAUGAAAAUCCUUUGGAGUAAACUUGCAAAAUGCUCGACUAAAUUGUANGUAUGAAGUACGUGACAAGCAGCAACAGAGUCGAAUAACAACAUUAGAAAAAGAAAAGAAAUCAUUGCAAGACGAGCUAACUAGCACUGUCAACGAACUGACCAAGGUGCGAGGGAAUUUUUUCAUUCUACCUUGUUAACCAUAGUCGACAGUAUAUCAUCAUGCAGUAAUUAAUAACAACUUAAGCUCUUACUGAGUCGCACUUGAUAACGCUAUUCCUUGUCUGGCAGGUUUCGGUUAUAAUACAAUAAUUUUAUGAGGAUCUUACGAGAAAUAAAUUAAAAUUUAGAUAUUACUGAUGAAAAUCCUUUGGAGUAAACUUGCAAAAUGCUCGACUAAAUUGUAGCGAUACUACAGGGCUUGUUCCAGGAUCGAGUACACUACGAGUAAUCCACAUUUUUCCUCAGGGAUAGUAGAGCAAGCGUGCGUGAAGAUAACCCCACGCGGGAAAGGGGAGACGCGGCGGGGAGACAGAAAAAUGCCGCGUCUCACCUUUCUCGCGUGGGGUGAUUUUCACGCGCGCUAGCGUUUCGCUUGCCCUACUAUCCAUGAGGAAAAAUGGGGACUACUCGUAGUGUAGGAUCGAGUGCUUCUUGAGCAUUUCAGUUCAAAGGCGUAGCGCUCGAAUCGUCUCUUUAUGAAUCCAUCUACGUGGCCAUACAAACUUAGCUCACUUGUAUUCACUCAGGUCUGGAACCGUCGGCCAAUUUUACCUCAUGAACUCAGCUGAUGUUAUCAAUUUUUUGGUCAAACGGUAGCUGGUUUGGUAUGAUUUGUAAGGAAUGUUGACAUGAUGUUGUCUUUAAAACCGUAGAAAUCAGUGCAGCUUGAUAGAGCAGAGAAAAAUCACAGUCAAACAGAGGAGCAACUAGCCAACCUGCGCCAAACACACUCUCUUUAUAAGAAUAAGGUGCGAGAUGUAUUUUUUUAGAGAAAAAGAAGCUGUUCUUUAUUUCUUAGCCAUAGUUGUCAUGUAUCAGUUUUCUGCGUUUUUAGUUGUCAGAACAUAGUCUAAGCCAAUAAGGGAAAAGUACGAAUCAAAUGGAGAUAGUUUCUGAUUGUCUAGAGAAGCGCCUAAUUUUUGUUAAGAAUUAUAAGUUGCUCCUGACAAUUGCAACUUUCGACUUACUGUGGAGUGGAAAUUAUCUUGAGAGGCUAAUAGAAGUGCAUUCGUGGAAAUGUCGUUGGCAGAUUCAAGAAUCAGAAGAGCAUUUAAAAAAAGUAGUUGUGAAGCAAAUAGAAUACACUUUUUUGCUUACACAGUUUAUUUUCUCUUGCCUGCGAUUGAAGGUUUCACAGGAACUUGAAGAAAAAGAUAACGAAACUUCUCAGUUGAAUGAGCGAGUGGGUGAUUUACAACGAAGGUAUGAUCGACGAAUCUCAAGCAGUCAUUUCAUGUGUGAUAUACAGCGUCUGUUGCAUUGACUGCAUUGUGCUAUUACCAAAGCAGUCAUUUUCAUUGGCUCCCGUAAACGAAAGGCGCUUUCCAAAAUUCAAAAUUCCCCGAAAUUUUCCUCAAAACCCACCACUGCCGGACACGGCAUUGAAUAAUAACCGAUGCCAGGCCUGCAUGCAGUCACAGGAACUGCAUCAAUGGACGUCUUUUUGAUCUAGCCCCUGAUAAGUUGAAUAAAUAACACUUUGGCUGACAGUUGUUCCUGUGACUUUGCGCGGGAAAAUGCAUGCAGGCUUGGCAUCGGUUUGACUUGUAUGCCAGCGAUGUGCAGUAGGCGUUGACUCUAAUCAGCGUAUUGCAUUAGUUACUUUAUCGGUUCCAUUCCAGGUAAUCUGUCAGAAAUGUGACUGAAAAAUGACAGUAAUUUGAUUCCGAUAGCUUUCUCAAACUUUAUAGAGACAAACUCACCACUCUCAGUUGAUCUGAUACUUGUUUUGAUAUUCUUUUCUAGACUCGAGGAUAGCAAACUUUCUGGUAGCGAUCAAGUUAAUGCCAUGGAAAAAGAGGUACGGGUCUGCGUGGGACGUUUUGCGUUUAAAGUUCAUUUGGUUGUUGCCUCGCCCAGGUGUUUAUAUACUGUUGUUCAAAAGCUGUUAAGGGUUCAUUCCAUGCGGUUAAACAAAUAUUGUAACGCUGUUGUUGUCGUAAUAUUUCAGGAGCUAGUUUCCAACUAUACCAAUGAACGCCGGUAAAUCUAACUCUAAUUUUGUUAGAGAUGUGUUUAAAAGGUUUGAGAGUUUUUUUCCCGGAUACUCUGGGAUUUUCUCUCUCCUCAAAAACCAACAUUUCUGAAAUUCCAAGUAGACGUGGGAUUUAGUAGCAAAGAGCCAAUCUGUGAGUGUACUUCCACCAAAGUAUUAUCUGUUUAUGAAAUCAUUUAAGUAGUUAGUUACGUGUAUAUAGUUAGUUAUUUAACGAGAAUUGAAUGCGUAAGUAAAGUAACUCGACUUCUAUUUUUCAGCGAGAACAACUCGAGAGCCGUCUUCAGGAAUCUCGUGAUCAACUUAACGAGUUGAGGACGAACUCAAACGAUCGAAUCAACACACUUGGAUCUCUGGUGAGGGCCUAUGAAGCCCCAGUCUCCCCACUCACAUGUUGAUUCAUCAGGCCCCGGUUGUUCAAAAGGUUGAUAGCGCUAUCCACCGGAUAAAUCACUAUCCCCCGAUAAAUCACUAUCCACCGGAUAAAUCACUAUCCACCGGAUAAAUUACUAUCCACUGGAUAAAUCUCUAUUCACCGGAUAAAUCACCGACUACCGGAUAAAUCUUUAUCCUACGGAUAGCGUAAUUGCUUUUCCUAAUACUUAUCCACCGGAUAACGAUUCAUCCCGUUGAUAGUGCUAUCCAGCAUUUGAACAACUGGGGCCCGAACUACUUAAGAAAAAGACAGUUUUCCAUUAUCUAUAGAAGUGACUUGAAAGUGUUCAAAUUUUGCGUCUUAACCACUCGCAUGCGGCUCCUGGGUCCACUUGAGUUUCAGUGAACAUUUUGAGGUCAUUUUUUGGGUCUAAAAGUGAAAACUUUUUAAUUGUUUCAAGUUUCAAUCAGAUUUAGAGAUAAUUCUUCUUUUUAGGUCAGCACACUUAAUGAAAGACUAGAGAGAAAGGAAUCAGAGCUAACAGAAUGCAAGAGAAAAUACGAUCAGGAUUAUGAAAUCUGGAGAAGUAAAGUACGUUUUGCUGCAUGGUUACUGCUGUUAGAGAGAGCUUGUUUCGGUUACUCAUAGUGUAUGGGUUUUGUGGGUCUUAAUGCAGAUGUUAGGCUAUAGUUAUUUAGAUUAAGUCUUAAAGUGGCAACUCUGCCGUCUAUGUAACACUUCCGACUCACUUACCCUGUAUCAGAACCGCUUAGGAACGAGUUGUAACCAUACUAAGUAUAUCCUGGUGAUUGAGUGACAGAAUGAUGAAAACGAGCACAUGAAAAUAUCGUUAUUCCCUCUCCAACUUCCAGAGCGAAAAAGCUUGCUUGUAGUCAAUAUGAUCCCUAAGCUACCUUGCAUUUUCCUUCAUCGUGUUUGGAUGAAGGUUUUGGAUUGAUAUUUUUAUUCGGUUCCAGCAGCACGCUUCUCCUUCUUCCUCUUCUUACUCUUAUUUACAAUGGGGUAAUAAAUGAAUCUUCUUUUGCUGUUCUAUGUAGAAUCUUCAGCUCGAGCAGCAAUUGGAAAGAAUACAACAAGAUGCUAAGACUGGAAAACGUUCUUCAGCGGAGCAGACCGCGCACUUGGAAGACCAGGUAAUCCGGGCGUUGCAGUUUGCGUCAAAUACUUUACCAUUCAUUCUCUUCCCGAAAAAACUGGAGCUGUUUAGCUAAACAAGAUUAAUAACAUUGGAAGCAAACAUUUUAACUCAGCAAAUUAAACAUAUCAGUAUUUCCAUAUGAUCCUUUGGUUGAUCUUGUUUUUCUGACUGUCUUUCAUUCAACCUCGAUCACCAAAAGCUUGAGAUGCAUGUGACGAUAGUAAUCUUGUGUACCUUUAUUUUAUGGCUCUCUUUUAAUAGGUGAGGCUCCUGGAAGCGGCCAGGGAAAGAGAAAAAAUUGAAAUGCAAACGAAAUUGGUAAGAGUCGAAAUAAAAGUCCAGAUAUGGGAUUUACUAAGCUGUUCUAACUUUACAUCCUGUCAGAUAUUGAUAACUUGUUGAUUCAACUAAACUAACUUUUUUGUUAUUGUUGUUGUUUUGUACGUUUGGAAGAAAACCAAACCGAAUCUCUCCUUUUGUAACCAGUAAGGGCUGGUUUCCUCCGAUAUAGCUUACGAAAAACAGACAUAUUCACUUUUUAGCUUACCGAUUCUAAAUUUUGCUUUAAAGGAUCAAUUGAAAAUGUUCGAGAACGAGUAUUCGAGACAAGAAGACUCUUACAAACAACGAAUAGCCGACCUCGAGGAAGAAAAAGAGCAACUGCAGGUCAGGAUACAUAGCGCUUCUUUGCUAUAGUGUAUUACGGCUGUCUAGUUCGUUGUAUUACUACUUCUAAGGCGUCCUUUUUGCCAUUAAACUUAACAUUAGCUAAGAAAUUACUUGCAAAUGACAGAAUGGGAGCCUUGGGCUAAAACAAUGCGUUCCUUAGCAUAAUAUCAAGGGUUACAAAUGACAACUCUGAUGAACUUUAAAGAACUUUUAGGCUAAGAAGUUUUCAAAAAUCUCAAUUGCCAUCAGUUUUAAUCGUCUUCAUUUGGGCCGUCCGUACCAUCUUUUGCAUUUACGGUGUUACUCAUAGCUUCUUUUAUUGUCUUGAGGCGUUAUUUUCGUUUCAUUAAAUUUUGUGGCAGUCCCCACGUUUUUUUUAAUGUCGUGAUUCGGCCUCCUCAAAUGUUUAACAUUGAAUUUCGUUGUACUGCGUUCUUUCCAUUGGUUUGUGUUGAUCGCCUUUUUCUAGUUUAGUAUUAGAAAUAUGGUCUUUCACUGAAUAUUUCUCGAGAAAAAGGCGAUCAUUAUUACAUCCAAACACGGCACAAGGAUCUUUUUUCCCAUUACAAUGUUAUUCUAAGAAAACGUUAAGAAAAAAUGUCCCGAAAAGUGCUCGAAAAUACAAACGAAAUGUGCUCAUGCCUCCUGAGCAUCCUAUAAUACUCCUUAAAUCGAAUUAAUUCAAUAUGGCCGCCGUAUCGGUAAAAAGGUCUAUUGAUGGCGUCUUUGCUUGUAAGAAAAUCGUACUCGCUCACCACCCCUGAUAUAAUCUUUAUGUAUCGUAUAAUGUAUUGAAUCGUACCGUUAUUAUUAUGAUUCCUUGUCAGUAUUGUGUUUUCGUUAUUCGUGCCAGACAUAAAAUUUUUAAAAUACUCAAACUUGUAUAUAUUUGCAGAGCGAACUAAUGUCAAAAGCGGAGGAGAACAGACAUGUUUCGCUGUGUUUGGAGGACGCCAUGAAAGAGACGAAUGAGCUUAAAAGCCAAGUAAGUUGAAAUAGGGACGGAUUUCAUUGAUGAUAUAUCCCUUCUUUAUUUUCUUACUUUGGUGUGGCUUUGCGGCGGCUUUUUAUUGGUUAUUAGAUGUUGCACGGAAAUUUGGUGAAUGUGUAUUUGUCUGUUAUCUGUUUAUGACUUAUCGAAUGAAAAGUGAUGGAUUAUCCUAGUAACAAAUAUGAAUAAUUUGCAAAGUCGUAUAAAGCUUCUCACAUGUUUUAAAGAAAAUUAAACCAUAUAGAAAAUUUUGAAUUCCAUAAACACCAGUGGGUGAAGUAAAUCAUUUUUUUAACAAUGAAUGUAGCAGAGUAUUAUUUAAAUUAACAGGACUAAUAAAUUGAAGCUAAACCUAAAAACUUCCAUGAAACGUAACCUCGCUAAUUGGUCUAAGCUAAAAUAUAUGGAAUAAAUGGCUCUGAACUUUCGUAUCUAAUUGGUUAAUGUGUUUAUCACAUUAUAGCAUCAUGUGCUCUUUUCACCACCAUAUUUUCAGAUCGCAAAAUUUGAGGAAAAUCUAAAGGAGAAAAAUGAUCUUUUAACUUGCUUUAAAGAAAAUAAGGUGAGAAUAAAUGUUGGAAAAAGCGUCAUAGAAGUUAAAUGUUCUAAAUACACUAAAUACAACAGAGCUUAACAGAAAACCCGUUAGGAAUUAGAGCCUGUAUUUACCAGAACCCCUUAUGCCCAACAUUGACACUUAAGCUAUUAAAACUCCCUCUUUAAAGAAGAUGUCCUUGUAGUUAACGUUCGAGCAAGCUGUCGGCUCAAGGUNCCCCUUCUUAAAGAGAGUGUCCGUGUAGUUUACCUUCGAGCAAGCUGUGGGGGCAAGGGGUGGGAAAAAGGGGGAAAGAGGGCCCGAAUCCCCCCCCCCCCCCCCCCCCCAUCACCACCUCCUCUUCCUACCCAAUCCCUGAGUUGAGAACGUACACCAGCUGAGGCUGACGUUGAUUUUACUCAUUCUGGACGUCACCUCCUCUGAAGUCAGAUUAAUAGGUAAAUCCCAGUCAAUCGGAAACCAGUGCUUAUCCGGAAGAAUACUGAAUAAACAGGAUUUGGCCAGGAAAUACACACUCAAAAAAUGUGAAAUUGUUAAUAUUUUAAAAUUGAUAUUUGGCUUUAGAGGUGAUGAAAUCAGUUAUUGUGUAAAUAAGUCCACCUAAAUUACUUGUUUUACUCUAUUAGCUGAACAGGUAAUUCGUAUAUCUUUUCUAAACCUUAAACGUUAAAUUUAUGCUUACCUCUAAAAUUAAGAAUUACUGUGAACGUAAGGCUAGAUCUUUUCCGUGCGCAAACUCGUAAGACAACUUUUUUUGUUCUCUCCAAAUCACAGCUUGAUUCGCCCUCUCAUUUUACAAGUAAUCUGAGCCCUGAAGCUGUGGAAAACCUCAAACAAGAACUAAGUAGCACUAAGGUAACACUUCACUCAGACUACGAGCAGUCUUCUCUCUUUUUUCUUGGUUCGUUGAGCAAAACGCGCUAGACACGCAAAUGACCACGCGCGUGACUGAAGGCGCGAGUUGCUUUUUUUUCUUCUCGGGCUACCGCCCUCGUCGACGCGUUCACUCCCCUCACUAAAUCUGAAGAAAAAAGAGAGACUACUCGCAGACUACACUUCACUUAUUUGGAUGUUUUGUGGAAAUGCUUUUCAUUGCAACGGCUGAAUCAGAAGAGUUACUUUUUUUGUCAGUAAUCAGUGUCUGUACAAGCAAGUUUUUGUUACUAAAUAUUCUGAUCUUAUAUGCCUCCUUAAUUUAUCGUUAACAGGCCCGUUACCAGUAUGCGGAAGAUGUUCUCAAACAAAGGUAAAAUUGUCGAUAAGUUCAUGGGGUAUUCAUCAUUCCUUGUUUCUUUCUGCUCUCGCGGAACGAUUAGUCCUUCAAGAUAAAUAGACUUGUUGUAAACUAGGGGCUUUAGAAUGAAACAAAAUUAUCGCUACCGAGCUACAUCAGUUCACGAAGAAAUUGUCUGUCACUAACAAGUGCAUAUCAUCGUCGGUAGAUUUUAAAGUCCCCCGCCCCGCGCCUUUUAUUGGCCCAUCUACCUGUAAACAAAAAAAAUACAUCCUAUUGAAAGCCCCCCUAUAGCUUGUAUCAAAAUGAAUUCGAUUUAUUAUGACGUUUUGAAGCUUAUUAAUUAAAUUCCAUUAAGUGCAAAACGUAUUUUGAUCAGCACCGGUAAAGCUUGUUUCAAAGCCCUUUUGCCUUUUCGGUUAUAAGCCCCCCUCAGAGAUAACCCCUCCGGUUAUAAGCCUUCCUCGGAUAUAAGCCCCCCUCGGAUAUAAGCCCCUCCUCCGUUUAUAAGCCCCCGUCGGAUAUAAGCCCCUCCUCCGUUUAUAAGCCCCCGUCGGAUAUAAGCCCCUCCGUUUAUAAGCCCCGCUCGGAUAUAAGCCCCUCCGUUUAUAAGCCCCCCUCGGAUAUAAGCCCCUCCGGUUAUAAGCCCCCCUCGCAUAUAAGCCCCUCCGUUUAUAAGCCGUCCUAAAACCCCUUAGUUACGAAGAUGAUUAAGACCAGGGCUUAUAAGCGAUAGUUUACGGUAUCGAUUGAAGGAUCGUUGUAUUGCCGCCGGUAUUCAACUAAAAUGCAGAGGCAAGGCAAAUUAAAAAUUAGGCAGGAUGGAAAAACGGUAGUUGCAAGAUGGCUUGCUCUAGCACUAAAUUCGAUCUCUGAUAGACUUUUACAGGUUCAAGCAUUCCGCGUGGGAAGUUGCUAUAGUUGCUUAAAGUUUCAUAAUUGAAGUAUUAUUGUUAAGGCGGGCUCCUUCUUUGUUCUCGCAGGGAAAAGACGAUUGCCGACCUGAGACAAGCAGUUGCAGAGAAGGAGGAAUUACUAAAUCGUUCAACAACUAAAGUUGGUUAACUCACUGACUGUCGAACUUCCUAUAAAUAUCAUAGCCUGGAUAUUUGUAUAAAUAUAAUACCAUCGUCAGAGCCUCGAAAAUUGGCGAUAAAGUAUUGGAAAUAUAGUCUCAACUGGAUUUCGUUUUUCACACAUUAUUAAAAGAGCGAUAGUUAAGCCCAAUCUAUUUUCCCUUCAGAGAGUUCCUUGCAAUUCUGUUUUGAAUUUUUAUGAGUUAAAUGGAUGCCGCUUUUAUUGCGUGCAACACAAUUUCGUUUCGCUUCUCCAUUUCCAUGCUGCCAAUUUAUUAUCGUAGGAAAAGAUUAUUACAGUAAAAACCCCCAACUAAGAACCUGGCUUUUAAGAACCUGUUAGGCUAAACUUUGCCAUUUAGGCCCCCUCUUUACAAGAACCUGUUUAGCCUAAAAAAAAUUUUUUUUCUAAAAUUUAUAACAAAAAAUUCUGUAUCCUUGUGCAAAUAAGGAAAGUCAACAUUGAGGAUCCUCUUUGGGAGAUAUGUGUCUUAUCUCUCCAACUGCAAUACAGUGGCGUUCAGAUAAAAUAUAAGGAAUAAGCGAAAUAGACUAAAUAAACUGUUUAGGCCAACUUGGGAAAAUGUAGGUUCUUAGUCCCGGGAUUGUACUGUAUGUCAUUACGACUUACAAGCCAUUUUUCUUGUCUUGUGCUUAGGUAUAAUCGAAUAUACGUGGGAAAGCAAGGUUGAAAAUAGAAACAAAAAUGCACUUUUGUUUUCUCCUUAGAUAAGACAGUAUGAAGAAAAUAACAGAUUCAUAGCAAAUGAUAGAAUUUAUUUUUCAGAAAACAGAGGUAAGAAGCUGUUAUUUAUGACACUGUUUGCGUUUUAUCGCAAAACAUUUACCAUAUAGUGAUGUUAUUGUUGGUAUUUGCCUUAUCUGAUUACUAUAUAUUUCCCUUUAUAAGACUCCCAAAAGGUGAUUUCAAAUUUAAAGAUAAGAAUUAAAGAACUGGAAGAGCAACUCCAAGAAAGAGAGGUAAAGUAUCAGUUGACUCAUCUAGGUUUUUGCACAAUGUUUCUGGAUUUGUUUGUUUUCUCUCCCUUCUUUCUUCUGCAGUGCGGAUGGGACUUUUUUAAACUUUGCAAGGAAUUGACCCUUCCACGGUUUUUUCAACUUUUGACAUGGACCAGGUAGCGAAAAUCCUUCGACACCACUGGAAAGGGUGUCUUAAUAUUAGUAAACUUGCCAAGUUUGAAAGUGAUAGGUCUAAAGCGAGCCAAGAUAUAGCGAAAAUUUACAGAAGAUUAUACCGGGUGGGGGAAAAGGGGGGGGGGGGGGGGGAAGGUUGAAACCCCACCCCAACAAAAGGUGUUUGAAAUUAUUUUGUGGAUGUGUGAGAUCUUUAUUGUGUUUAGACGAGAGCGGAAUGUUUUUUUGGAUUGUUUGAUCUUUCCUGUGGUAGAAAGAUUGGAGGUUGGUGAGGUUAAAUUGAAAACAGUAGUGCAGGUUGUGUUGGGGGGGGGGGGAGAAGGGGGGGGGGGGGGGGGGCAAGUUUGUAACCCCCGACCAUACAAAUGUCUGUAAAAUUUCGCGACUCUUAGGAGCUAUCUCUUAUGUUACUUUUCAACCAAUCACUUUCAAAAUUGGCAAUUUCACUAAUCUGAAGACGCUCUUUCCAGCAGAGUCGACGGAUUUUCCCUGACUUGCCGAUGAAAAAAGUUGGAAAAAACGGUGGAAAGUCUAUUCACCUGUUCUACUUAGCUGUCCUUGGCUAUUUGAGUAUAAGAGUCUGUCACGUACAUCUUUACAGAUAUCUAAAUGCUCAGUAAUUAUCGUAAACUUUAUUAAUUCCCUAACGCGGCACUGGUUCCUUUUUCUCUUGCUGUUAGAUGCUUCAACUGGAUGAGAAUGAGGUUUGUCUCUUUAAUUGUUCCAUAAUCCUCUCUAUGAUAAUUAUCCAGCAAUUUACUCAGUAAGGUCAUCGAAUUGAGGUCAGUCUCCUGUAAAUAGACCUUUCCACGUUUUCUUUUUAACUUUUGUCAUGGACAAGUUAGGGAAAAACUGUCAACUCUGGAAAGAGCACCUUUAAGUAGCUGCAAGAAAGUUUGCCAAGUUUGAAAGUGAUUUGUUGAAAACUAACGAAGAUAUCGCUUCUCAAAGUCGCGAAAUUUUACUGACGUUUGUAUGAUGGGGCGCAUAAAUAUGCAAACGUCUGUAAAUUUCCGCAACUUUGCUGAGGUAUAUCUUCGCUCAUGUAAGACGUAUCACUUUCAAACUUGGCAAGUUUAGUUCAAGGCGCUCUUUGUAGUGGUGUCGACGGAUUUACACUAACCUUUCCAUGUUAGAAGUUGCCGAAAAAAUCGAUCGCGCAAGGGUCUAUUUUUUACCCCUUCAAGCGUAGGCCGUUAUCACGAUGACACAGUUAAAGUGAUUUGACAUACAUGCUGUGGUUUGUUUAAUUUUAUCCUUGGUUUAAAAAUUAUUUUCCUCUGAGUUUGGGUACGGUAAAACCGUAAUACAGUGAAACCUCUAUUAAGCGGACACCUUCAGGACCUUCCCAAGUGUCCGCUUAAUAGAGGGUGUCCGUUUAAUAGAGUUUGUAAAAAUUGCGGAAUGUUUGUGAUAAAGUUCCAAAGAACUUUUAGGUGAACUUUGAUGGCGGAUGACAAUCAUACGGCCGGGUAUCAGUCUAAUCUACAGUUUAUUGACAGCUAAAUUUAUUGAUCUAUCCUCAUUAAUCGACUACAGUUCGCAUUUGAAGGACGUAAUCCAAUACUACUAUUGUCAAUUCAGUCCGGUGUCCGCUUAAUUAGUGUCCGCGUCCGCUUAAUAGAGGUGUCCACUGAAUAGGGGUUAGUUAUAAAGGGAAAUAUAAGACGUUAAUUUCGGGAUCCGGCUUAGUGUCCGCUUAAUUGGCGGUCUGCUUAAAAGAGGUUUCACUGUAUAUGAUUAUGAGUUUGAAACAAAGGAAAAGGAAAUUUAACCGAGGAAAAAAUUGAACCACAACAUACAAAUUGCUAGAUUUAUACAUGGAACUAUGAGAAGAAUGGGGAUGAGUCUCGCUAUGCUCUGCGGCUCCGCUGUUGCCAGCUACGCAGGCUAAGAAUUUAGUGAAUGUGUCACAAGACCAAUCAAUCAGUCAGUCAGUCAAUCAAUGAAUCAGUCAAACAAUCAUUCAAUCAACCAAUCGCCCGGUUAUUUUUUUAACUACAGGUUUCUCUUUUUACAGUGGCAGAGGAUGAAUUUGGUUUUAUUAAAAAAGAUUCGAUAGAGUAAAUUAGUUACCAUAUUUCGUUUCUCAACAGCUGCGUGACCUUAGAAAAGAUAACAGUCGACUUGAAACAGAUCUUGAGGACAAGGAUAAGGUAACAUGAUUGCUCCAAGAGUCUGUUAGAUUUCAAAAUGUAAUCUUUGAAUUUCCUUUCAGUCUCUUUUUCAGCUUUUCAACUCUUCUCUAUCAUUUUUUUCUGUUGUUGCUAAUAUGCAGCCUGGGUAGAGACUGUGUCGUCUUAAUAGGCCCUUAGCAGAUUUCCAUUCACGUGGUACAAAACCGCUAUGUUGGGACGCAAAAGUCGCACUGAGACAAGACAAACAAAAGAAGUGACCAUUUAAAAUUAUGUAUACUUUUUGUUGGUCUUGCCCCAGUGCGACUUUUACGUCCCAACAUGGUCUUUUUGUACGACGUGAAUGGAAAGCUGCAAAGGGCCUAUCCAUGUUGAAUUCCCUGUACGUUAUGAUAUCUAGUCAUGUUUCGUAUAUUUCUCCACAGAAAAUAAAACUUCUUCAAGCUAAAAUAAUCGAAUUGAAGAAGGCUUUUCAGCGGGAACUGGUAAGGGUUCGUUUGUUGUUAUUAACAUAUUAAGGUUGUUUCUUGGCGUGUUUGCCGGCUUUUCACGUUUUGUCAAACCUGUGCCAUGAUAGAGAUGUGAAGGUGAAUUUUGAGCCUGGUGAAUACACGAGAAAGACGAUUUUUCAGUCAGUGACACAGGCGGCUCAGAAGAAAAAAUUCGAGUUCUCGUAACAGGAGUCGAACGCAUGACCUUCUGGUUACUAGUCUCUGUAGCUAGUCUAGUCUUCUGUAGCUCAGUGGUAGACGGCAUGAUGCCGCCCUACCACUGAGCUACAGAAGACUAGGACUGGUUUGAUUCGUGGGUGGUAAAACGCGCGAUAUCGCUUUGCAACUAGUUUGGCGGCAAUGUUGGAAACAAGUUGCACUUUUUGUUGCCCUUUUUACUUUAGCUUUAGACAUCAUGUAUUCAUCCAAAUACUAGCAUUUCCAAGUUCCUGUUUGAUCGGGAAUGGUAGACGGGGAUUAAUGUAGUGGAUACACUUCUACUAAAUGGUUGUUUAUUUAAUUUUUUUAUUUGAAAUCUCUUGAUCCAAAACCAGUAUUUCCAGAUUCCAACUCCAGGGCUCGAAGUUAACUUUUUAGUGCACUUGCAAAGGUUUGCGAGUGAGAUUUUUUUCCACUAGCAAGUUGGUGAGACCACAAGUAAAUUCUUUCCCUUUGAAUUCAACACGAAUUAUCAGUAAAAUCAAUAUCUCGAAACCACCGGAAACUCAUUUGCCGGUAAACGGACGAGGAAAUAACUUACUGUUUCCUUCUUGCGUUCGAACAUCUUUCUCCAAAUGUUUGGGAGACAUGGAUGACUCCAACUGGCAAACGUUUACUAGUGGAUAUUUUUGUUACUCGCAGAUUAUCAAAAUCACUCGCAUUUUGCAAGUUUGCGAGCGUUAAUUCGAGCCCUGAACUCGAUCGGGAAUGGUAGACGGGGAUUCACGUAGUGGAUGCGGUACCAUUGACUAGUUAUUUAUUUCAUAUAUUUAUUUAAAACCUGUCAAUCUUUUCCAGAAAAUGACAGCCCCUGAGGGUGAGGGUACAGAGAGAAGAAGUCCUGGCACACCUAAUGGUGACGUCACGGUCCAUAGCGAUGAAGAAAGAGAAAGAUAUGAUUAUCUCGAAACCAAUUUUAAGUAUCCUUUGAUGUUGAUUGUUAUUUCAAGCAUUUGGGUCACUUAAGUGUUACCUUGGUACAUUGUACUGUUAUAGCAUAACAUAGGGAUCCAGGCAUCAUUGCCGGUGGGUGCUUUUUAUUGGCGACAUAAUUAGUGCGCCAGAGGGGCUUCCUUUUAAAAUGUCCCGUAAACCAUACAGACAGUUCGGAUUUGUUUUUUUUGUUGGGUGAUCCGUCGGUUAAAAAGACUUUUUCCUCACGUAGUUAAGUAUUCGAUCAAGCUUCCAAUUUUUUAUCAAUGAUUGAACGAAAGAAUCAAUCAAUCAAUCAAAUAAAAAUGUUGGUAGACUUUUGUUAAUGGAUAACGCAAUUGAUAGAUAAUUGAUGGAUAAGACACUGACUAAACCAGUACGUUUUGCUCAGUUUGCUCACCUUAAUUCACAUGAAGAUACUUAAAACAUGUCGUUUUGAAGUAUAUGUGCAGCUCAAACAAGCAGGUAAUCUUAGUUUUCUUCUGUGGAAUUUUUAAGAAGUCCAGAAUCUCUGUUCUGUUAAUCGCAAAUUGUAAGUAUCUUACUAUCCACUUUCUUCAACGCUUUCAAGAGAUAAAAUUUACAACACUGGCUGAGGGAUUUUGCCGACUGCUUGUGAUACAGUUUACAAGUAAUGAACAGAAGUAAUGAGGAUAAUGUGAUUUUGAAUUUGAGAUAGACCACCACACUCUGCGAACAGUGUGUGCGUUUUUUAACGUUCGACAGAAUUUACUUAUACUAUAUGUGUAAGGGUUAUGAGACGGAACCAAAGGUUUAUCGUCAUGUCCUGAAAGCCUAGAACGUACCGUCUGAUCGUUUGCAGGUGUCAUUACAAAGGCAGCACUUCUCCUCAUUUAUUAAGAGACCCUGAGUGUUGGUCCGGCCGGGGUUUGAUCCAGCGGCCCUUUCCCGCUCGGCAGACCAGCGCUCAUCCAAUUGAAGUUCACUGGGCUGCCGCAGUCUGUAGGACAGCACUUUGUGGCGCCCUUAAUUGGUGUUAUAUUACUCUGCUCAGUUUUAUUCUUUCAUUUCCAGUCUCGCCAGUUGAUUAAUGUGAUUGGUCAUUUACUGAGAUUCACGCCCAAAGAGCUAACAUGCGUCAAUGAGGCAGUGGAGUGGAAAGUAAGUGUCAAA